GGUGAACUGAUGAACUUUAAUCCAAAUUGAUUCCCUUUCUUCUCUUGUGCUCUGGCUUUAUAAAGCACACCAGCCAUGUGGUGUAUUCAAGUUUAUUCUGGAGUGAACCUGUCACCAUGUGGACUACUAUGAAGAAUUUAGACCUGAACUCUGUGGGUCUGUCUCUCUCUUUAGGCUUGAUCGUUCUGGUUCUGUAUGAGAUUAUUAGGAUUAUUUCCUCUAGAGCCAAAACUCCACCUGGUCCAACACCUCUACCUUUUAUGGGAAGUUUACCAUAUUUUGUGACGAAGCCAAUGGAAUUAAUCAGAUCGAUGUCACAGUAUGGAGAGAUGACUACUGUGUAUUUUGGGAGGAAGCCAACGAUAGUCCUGAAUACAAUCCAGAUUACCAAGGAAGCCCUGGUCCAGAAUGCUUCAUCUUUUUCUGGAAGGCCAUCUGUGCCACUUAUAGACUGGAUAACGAAAGGAUAUGGUAUAAUAUUUACCUCAUUUGGUCACUCUUGGAGGCAACAGAGGCGGUUUGCUCUCCACACGCUCAGGAACUUUGGCCUGGGGAAGAAGUCGGUGGAAGAACGCGUGUCAGAGGAAGGAUGUUAUCUGGUUGCUGAAAUGCUCAAAGCAGAAGGAAAGCCAUUUGACCCACAACAUGCCAUUCACAAUGCAGUUUCUAACAUCAUCUGUUCCAUCAUCUUUGGAGAUCGCUUUGACUACAAUAACAAGCGCUUUGCAUACCUUCUGAAAAUCCUGAAAAAUCACAUCAUACAGACAGGGUCACUUAUUGCACAGAUUUUUAACUUAUUUCCCUUCAUCAAGCACUUCCCUGGACCACACCAGAAAAUCUACCAGAACGCUGAAAAGUUAAAGGAUUUUGUCAGGGAAGCACUUAAAGAACACAGAGAAACUCUGGAUGCAAACAGUCCUAGAGACUUCAUAGAUGCCUACCUGCUGGAGAUUGAAAAACAAAAGUCCAAUGAGGACUCUACAUUUCACGAGGAGAACAUGCUGAUAUCUACAGCUGACCUGUUCUUGGCUGGAACUGACACUACGGGGACCAGCAUCAGCUGGGGACUCAUCUUCUUGAUGGGAAACCAAGAUGUACAAGAGCGAUGUCAUCAAGAGAUUGUAGGGGUACUGGGUUACGACCGCUUGCCCAGCAUGGAUGACCGUGACAAACUACCGUACACAUAUGCCACUGUUUACGAGAUUCAGCGCCAUAGUAACAUUGUACCUCUUGGGGUGGUUCAUGAAACUACUCAGGCUGUAAAACUACGAGGAUACAACAUUCCUAAGGAAACUCAGAUAAUGACUAACCUGACAGCAAUUUUAAGCGAUAAGGAGCACUGGAAGUUUCCACACACAUUUAACCCAGAGAAUUUCUUAGAUGAUAACGGACAUUUCUACAAAACCGAGUCUUUCCUACCUUUCUCCUUAGGUCCAAGGGUCUGUCUCGGUGAGACCCUGGCGAAGACGGAGCUCUUCAUCUUCAUCACUUCUCUUCUACAGCGGAUUCAUUUCUCAUGGCCACCCGGUGAAAAGCGCCCAGACAUGGAUGGGAUUUUUAGUGUCGUUCGCUCUCCUCAGCCAUUCAACAUCCUCUGCCAUAGCAGAGAUUCCAAAGAGUGAUCAUCAAUAACUUUUACAAAGUCUUUAUAGCAUUUAUUAUCCUAAAGUUUCCAUAGAUUUCUAGGCAUAGACAUUGUUUUGCAGGGUGAAUCUCACCAAACCUGUUAAGCAUUAAAAAAAGUAAAGAACAAAAUGUCUUUUGUUUUCUUAUUUAGUACUGGCAUUAAGAAGCUGCAUUAUUACAUUUUUGUUUUUUUCAUUAGAUUGAUCUCAUAACUGGCAUUUAUAUUGUUAUAUGACUGUUAUUCACCAUUGCAACAAUAAAAUACUUGAUAAAUGUCUGCUGUGAUGUAACCACAUUGUUACGGUUAACAUUGUAAAUUCUCUCAAUGUAAUAUCUCAAGUGACAUACAAGUGAAUACAAACAAGCCUUUACAGGUCUAAACCAUUUGUAUAUCUGGCAGGUAUUGUUAUUAAUAAGGUUGAGCCGUAACACUUCCUAACCAGGUGCUUUUGACAAAGAAAACCAUGUGAACUAAAGUUGAGUUGCCUCAGUUGCAUCUUUUUGAGCAUUCUGAUGGUCAUGGCACUAUAUGCACAUAAUGUAUAUUCCCAACAACAACAAAAGAUCUAUUCAAGUCAAGCACCUUUUUAAAUUAGGUGUCUAUAACAACUAUGUAUUUAAGCAUUUGAUACAAUGUAGUUAUUAUGUACAUAUGUGUUGUUGCAUUGCACCUACAUUUAAAGAACCUGCAUUUAAUUACAUCUGCAGUUACACUGAUAACCCCCAACCCUUACCCUAAACCAUAACCCCAACCCAACCUAAUCCAUACCCUAAUCCAUAACUGUACUCCUAAACCUACCUGUACAGUACCUUAACCUCAGUAGCAGCAAAUGUGAAUCUUGUGAGAAUUUGGCAGAAAAACAUGUAGUUACGCAGUAAAUACUGUAUAUUGUAUUGUAUGUUCUAAAAAUAAAAACACAAG